AUGAGCUUCCUUCCCCUCGCGGCCUACGUGAAGGAGUCCGGCGUCAUUAAAGCCCCCGUCCACGACGUCUGGGCUCUCGUCUCCAAAAUCCACCAGUGGGAGCCCAUCCACUCGGGUCUGAAAAAGGCGGAAAAGAUCUACGACGACAAGGGCGAGGAGACGCAGUUUGUGCGGUGGGAUUUCAAGGACGAGCAUGAAAUCAUUUGCCGAGUUGAGGCGUUGGAUCACCUCGACUACAUGAUCAAGUUCAGCACAAACUGGUCAAAGCUGCCUCUCGAAUACAUCGGCGUCGUCACCACCAUCCGGCUCUUCCCCAUCACUUACGGAUUUUGCAAGGGCUACACACUCUUAGUCAUGGACGGUGAAUACACGAGCGACGUCAAUCCUGCCAUGCUGGCAACGGGAUCGAGAAGGAGACGUCAAUUCAUCGACGAGGUGUCGGCGUACUUUGAAUCGGGAAAGAAGUCGCCCAUCCCUACAUCACAGGUCCCGUGGGCACGGGAAUAG